UACCAUCACCAUCACCCUCAUCACAGAGCAAACAAGAAACAAGUAUAGCUCAUUCUUAAUCCUUAAUACUUACCAACUCUUUAAGCCUAACUCCCAAUUCUAAAACAACUUCACACUAUUCACAAUGAAGUACACUACUGCUGCCCUUUGCCUCGUCUCGGCAACCUUCUCACUUGCUGCCCCUACCGGCACGAGCACUGUUAGCGCUCGAGGCGAGCAAGCCUUUGCUGGCUUUGCUGUGCCUAGCAUCAUCAAGAACCACGACGUCACUACCAACCUGAACACCCAGGACUCGAAGACCUCCACCGUCCGCAACGGCAAGAUCGAGACCAGCACCCUAUAUGAAAUCCCGAUCCCGCAGUCCGCAGCUGGCAAGACCUGCACGCUGGUGAUCCACGCCGGCAGCGGCGACAGCGUCCUCGGAGAGAAGGCCCUGGACCUCUUCCGCAACUCUUUCACGGACCUGGCCAACCUGCCCUCCGGCAACCUGCGCGACACCCAGCUGGCGCGCGUGCGCUUCGACGACGCCACUGGCUUCUUCAACUUCGACAUGGUCGGCUUCGCCAACCCGGCCGUCGAGAGCUUCCCUUGCCCUGCCGGCAACACGCUCCACUGGGAGACGGUGGCCGUCGGCGAGUUCGACAUCAAUACCAUUGAGCAGGACUUCACGGUCAAUGGCGCCAAUGUGCCUAACGGUCUGAGCGUCGGCUGGUGGUAAGCUGCGAAGUAACUACCGAUUACCCAGUUUAACGACUGUGCGGCGGAUAAACCCGCAUCAAUUGUUUCGAAAUUCGAGCUUAUGCGGAACUUUGAAGAAAACAAACUCUACAUUCUCUCCUUUUUUGGCUUUUUAUUUUGCAUCAGCGUGUGGUUUCUUUGGAGCUCGGGGCCAAUGGGAUUGUGCGAAGAUAGGGGGUGGGAAUUGAUACGGUACAGCUUGGUUUAGAGACACUCCUUAACUUUGACUUAAUGAUAUAGUAAUUUGAUCUGCUACCUACA